GUAAAACAAAGCAAAGAUAUGAGAAUAUUUUCUCGUCGUUGUAAAGCUGUUAUACAUAACUAUGACCGCUAGGUGGCAGCAUGGUAGCUUUAUUGGCCAGUCAAAAUUUUCAGCAUCCUCCUGUUCACAUUCCUUCCAUUUAGUGCCAUCCUUCGUACUUCUGACUAUCUGGAAUAUAUUAGACGUUUUAAACUAAGAGCACAAAGCACAACGGAGUGUGUUCAAAAGUUUUCUCAGGUACAUAAAUCACUCUGUGGACCAGUCCCAACCUCAAUGAAUGCCAUCUUCCGCUCAUAAAAGCAGUCUCCUCACUUUCUCUCUCUGGAAAGGGUUAUAUUGACACAUCAAAGCAGAAAGGUGUUUAGAUAGAGAAGAAAUGUGAAAAAUAUAUGUGUAGAUGGAUCAAACAGAGACGAAAGAGGCAAGUUUCAACUCAGCCUGAAAGGAGGAGGGGAGAAACGGAGAGAAGAGAAGUAUCUGGAGACAGGGUGAGGCAGAAGAGCAGCAAGAAAAAGGUGGAACAAAGGGCCCCGUUAAUGCCUCAGUCAUGAAGCUGAGCUUGAUGCUUGCCUUGUUUCUCCUUAUUUACCCUUGUGCGGCCAUGGGAGGAAGAGCUCAGCGCAGACAGAGACAGGCGGAGGACAGGCUGACGCCAUACAUCGGCAGGGUGGACCCAGAAAAGCUUUGCGAACUGCUUAAAUGCCACAGCCCGGUGGGAUCUUGGUGCCAGGUAGUUCAGGAAAAGGGAAUUCUCAUUCCCAAGUGUGUUUGUCCCCGGUCAUGCCCACGGCAGAAGGCCCCAGUGUGCAGUGUUCUGGGUAAGACCUACGGGAAUGAGUGCUUGCUUCACAAAGACGCCUGUAGGAGGAGGCACCGCACGAGACUGGCUCACACCGGACCCUGUCUGGUCCCCAAGAGCGAAUGCACCGGAGAAGAGUUAGGCCAGUUUCCAUACCGUCUCCUGGACUGGUUUCUUCUCCUGAGGCGAAUGGGGGGGUCCUAUACACCCGCAGCUCUGCCGCAAACCUGUCUCAGCCAUGCCCAGAGGACCCAACUGGCAGAGGAAAGAUUUACCUUACUGGACAAGAACAAAGAUGGAAAGUUGAGCUGGAGGGACCUGAGGAAGCUAUAUUACAAGAAGAUGCCUUUGGAGCAGUGUGCUACACCAUUUUUCUUGUCCUGUGAUCGCAACAAGAACAAGAAGGUUACUGUGAAAGAGUGGACAGCCUGUCUGGUGGAUCGUUCUGAGGCCUGGUUUUAUAAUUUCAUGUCUGUGGAAAUGGGAUCCCACCAGCUGUGUCCUACAGCCAAACAUGGACUCCCGCGUCUCCUUUGAACUUGCAUCAUUACAGCUACCCGAUACCAAAAAGAAAUAAAACGACAGGAUCUCAACAAACAAUGCUCACUUAUCCAUUUCACUGCUUAUAAUAUGGUGAUUCAUCACACUGAUGCUAUUUGCUGUCUGUUCAUAGUAAGGAUGCCCUAAAUGCCCGAACAGGCCUCCUCUCCCAAUUACAUUUACUGCUAAUUACUUUUGCUGACAUUUGUACAAUUGUGUUGUAAAAGAGCGAAGACAAUGGGUAACAUUGAAACCAAAUGAACUUGGCAUGCUUCGAAUAGCCAAUUAGAAGCAAGGGCAGCCGCAGUGGUGUUCACAGAAAGACACAAGAAGCUAGAUGGAAGACAAAGAUAUGUGUAGGAGAAAAACCUUCGUGUGAGGUGACGUGGCCAGAGAAAA